AUGGAGAAAAAGAACUCUAGAGAUGUGGUGACAUCUUCAACUCCUAGUGAGGCUAGGAAUCUUGAUGGACCGGUUCCCUUUCCCGGUCGACUUGCGGAGAGGAAAUUAAAUAAUAAGUUUGCAAAGUUCCUUAGUGUGAUGAAGAACUUGCACAUAAAUCUCCCCUUCCUCGAAGUUGUCACCCAAAUUCCUUCAUACUCCAAGUUCUUGAAAGAUAUCCUCACCAACAAGGGGAAGCUUAAUGAUGAUCUUAUCACUCUCCCCCAUCAAGUGAGUGCACGUUUUCAACAUAAGAUGCCCAAGAAGCAAAAGGAUCCGGGAAGUUUCACUUUGCCGGUAAAGAUUGGGAACAUGGAAGCUAGGGGUGCCUUAGCCGUUCUUGGAGCAAGUGUUAGUUUGAUCCCUCUAUGCAUUGCUCAAUUUCUUAAUAUUGAAAUGAUCCCCACAAGAAAAACUAUCCAAUUGGCCAACCGUUCGGUGAAGCUACCUUGUGGUGAGCUCGAUGACGUCCCUAUUCAAGUUGGGCAUAUUUAUGUGCCUUGUGAUUUUGUAGUGAUGGAUAUGGAGGAAGAUGUCGAUACUCCUUUGAUUUUGGGUCAUGAAACUCUCAAGACCUUGGGGGCGGUGAUCAAUUGCAAGAAUAACACCAUUACAUGUGAGGUAGUCAAUGAAAAUAUUUUUUUUGAGUUCUCAAAGCUACUCAAAACCCCCAUGGUUGAUAAGUGCUAUAGGGUUAAUGUUGUGAAUGAAGAGUUAGAUCGCUUGGGAAGGGUUAUGAUGAGUCCUCAAGAUCCAAUGGUUGAAGCUCUUACAUGCAAGGAAGAGUACCACUCUUAA